AUCUCCCGUCAACCCCGCCAACGAAGGAACGAAUUGAUCUCUUGCCAACGAUGCCGAAGAAAGCCCCGUCCGUCAAAGACUAUCUCGACGGCAUAGACGUCUCCAAGGUUACGUCAGGUCUUUGGGCCCCUGCCAAGCAGUGGAACCGCCUUCACGGCGACGGAAAGUCGACCACAGGAGGCUCAUACCAUAUCGAGACCAUACAUGGCAGCGACGGCGUGUACAAGGCCAAGGUUGUCGGCCCGGGCGGUGCCACCAAGGUCGAAGUGGAAUGGGCUGCUGCUACGAACCCGGCCCCUACCGUCGCCACCGUCAUCGCGGCGCUCAAGGCGAAGGCCUAGAUCUGAAGAUUGUGUGCAGCAACACCAUUGGCACACAGUGCGGUCGAACGCUAGGAAAGAGGGAAGAACGUCGGGGCGUAGGCGUCGUGUGUAAAAAUAGUGAAUCCAUGUUGUCGUUGACUUUGCUUCGGUGUUUGAGCUCAACGAGGUCAGCGGGACAGCGAGCGGAUAGCCCAAAUUCAC